AAUCCGCCCGGCUGCUCUCCUGUCCACCACCGUUUUCCUUUUUUGCCCCCCUCCCCAAUCCCAAUCCCCAGCGCGGGCCGGAGCCUCGCGAACGCGAUCGAGAAGGGGAUCUGGGUCCCAUGGAUUCGUCGGCGACGGGAUUUAGGGGACGCAUAGAGUGGGCGGCGCCGGCGUUGAAGGAUUUGCUGCCGGAUCUGUCCCGCGACGAGCAGCUACGGCUGGAGAACGGCGGCCAGGCAGACGGGCGCAGGCACAAGCACAAGGGACGACAACGCAUCAUCAAGCAGGACGAACAACUGAUGUCCAUGGCGUUGCGCACAGAAGGAGAGCGUGACGCCUUGCUCAUCAGGAGAGUCCAACAUGCUCUCUGUCACUACAAUGCCAGGCACAAGGGUGGUGAGUUUGAUGCUGUGAAGCCCCUGAUGGAAGCCCGAGUUGGUUUCAGGGACCAGGUGUGGUUCCACCUCAACUUCUGGGCUCGAAGCCGCAGCACCAACAAAAUCAAGCGCUUCUUCGCCGAGGUGCACUACAAGCCAUCCUCUGACACCUCCAAAUACCCACGUGCAACGACUCCCAUCGUCGAAAUAUGCACCAUCAUGGAAGACCCUCUUUCCCAGUACAGGAGGGCGUGUGCGUUUUGUCCUGCCAGUGACAACAUUUUGCACCCAAAGGGGUGCCGCAAGUUUGUUUGCGGGAACGACAAGGACCGGUUCGAACAACGUCUCUUGCGGUGUGGGACUAUGUACAUCGAGCCACCAUUCAGUUGCCCCUCCAAGAUAGAAAGGCAGGGCCUGCCUUAUCGCUCCUCAUCGUCUUCACCAUCACAAUAAACCUCUCCUCCCCACAAUUGAUGCCCCUCUUCUUUCGACAAUGUACGUCAGUCCAGAAUUACCUUGAAUAAUCAUACCUGAUCUUACCAAAAAAAAAGUUGGGGUUGUAUAUAUAUCCAAUCUUCAGAAGUGUCAUAAAUUUUGUUUCCAUGUGCUUGAUUGAUUAUUAUAUAUGAAGGUGCACUUACAUAUUGUUGUCU